GAUUACAGCAUUCAAUUGUUGGUCCUCAGUUUGAUCCAAAUGUCACACCUACUUUCCCACUAUCAGCAACCUGUUCGUGGCAUCUAUAAGUAGAAGCACCUCUAUACUGUUCUGCUAUCAGAUUAUUUCCUUUGGAGCUGCUUGUCUCUUGCAUCCUGCAAAACAAAGUCAACAAAGAGCUGAGCUGUGUGCCGAUUCCACAACCCACAUGCUGCAUGCCAAGUUGCCAACAUAUAUUGCCAUCGCCAACCACCACCCGGGCAGCACCUUCCUUUCUGACACUGAGUAGUCAGUUCAGGUCGCAACACAGCAAUAAAGGCUAGAACUCUAGGCUUAGGCUGCUCCUUGGAUUCACACACGCAAUGAAGCAGCAGGUUUUGAGCAACGCCCAUGGCGGCAGGAUCUCCUCGCCAUCGGUGGCCGCGCGAACCAGGGUUCCAAGAGCAGCAGCAGCAGCACCCGUCAAGGAAGCUUCUUCGUCUCCAGCUCCGGCACCCGCCACCCCUCCUCGAGCCAGGAGGCUUGUGAGGGUGAGCAGCAAGGAGGAGAGGGUGGUGACUGGUGCAGCUGCAAAGCCAAAGAGGCACAAGGAGGAUUCCGAGGAGGAGACGCGCAAGCUGCGUGGGGAGGUGGAGGCCCUGAGGAAGGAGGUGGAGAGGCUGCAGCUGCUCAACACCCAGCUGGAAUGCGACAAGAGCGACCUGACGCACCAGCUCGCCCUUGCGCGCUGCACCAUCACUCGGCUUCAGGAGCAGCAUGACAUCCAUCAGGCGCAGACCGCUGUGGCGCAACGAAGCAACCAAAAAGACAGUGCCAUGAGCAAACCACAGCCUCCUAAGCCCCCCUCACCGCCGCCGCCGCCGCCACCACCUAGUAAAAUCCUCGGAAGAGCCCCGGCACCGCCACCUCCCCCUCCGCAACGUGGCACAACAGGCACAGUGAACAAGGCAACCGCGUUGGUUGAGAUGUACAACUCCCUGAACAAGCGUGACACCAAGAAAGCUGUGACUGUCAGUGCUGCUCAUCACAACAGCAUCGUCGGCGAGCUACAGAACCGCUCCACGCACUUAUUGGCGAUCAAGACGGAUGUCGAAACAAAAGGAGACUUCAUCAAUGGUCUCAUUAACAAAGUUCAGAUGACUACUUACACCGAUGUGGAGCAAGUGCUGACCUUUGUUGAUUGGCUUGAUCAACAACUUUCAACUCUGUCUGAUGAGACAGGCGUGUUGAAGCACUUCAGUUGGCCAGAGAGGAAAGCCGAUGCACUCCGGGAAGCAGCGUUCGAAUACCGGGAUCUCAAGUGUGUUGUGACAGAGAUCUCUUCUCUGAACGCCGACGAUGGCAGCCCUACUUCGUGUGAGGCUACUCUGAGGAAGAUAUCAAGCCUGCUGGAUAAGUUGGAGAAGAGCAUGAAGAGACUAGUGAAUCUGAGGAGCUCAGUGAUGCCGUGCUAUAAACAGUUUGGAAUUCCGACCGAAUGGAUGCUUGAUUCAGGGAUUGCUUCGAAGAUGAGGGUGGCAUCAGUAACACUGGCAAAGGUGUACAUGAAAAGAGCCCUCAAGGAAAUAACAGCUUAUACAGGAGGAGGGAAUGAGGCUGUUCUUGUCGCUCAAAGCGUGCGUUUCACAUAUAGGGUUCACCAGUUUGCGGGAGGACUUGACAGUGAAGCGAUGCGCGCCUUUGAAGAGCUAACGCAACGUUCUCGGUUGACUGCUGUUUAGCUACUAGACGAAACGAAAUGACUGUCGAUGAAUGAGAUGAAACGGUUGACGAUAUAUAGCUUCUCAGGGUACAAAUUAAUGUCGUGGGUUUUGUAUGGAGCAUAUAGGCUAGUAGUUCAUUUUGAAUUGAUCAAUAAAUGUAAUUUGUACUACUAUUCUACGCGGCACGCCGAUCUUGGGAGCAAGGGGCGGAGAGACAUAGAUUAUUUCAGUUCUAUUGAAGACUGGAGUAUAUAUACUUGGGAAAAGUAGACACAAACUUUUUGUGCUCUUAAGAACUCCCUGUGUACACAAAAAUUGUAAGACGUUUUCGCGGUUUAAAUUUAAACUGCAAAAACAUCCUAUAUUUGUUUACGGAGGGGGUACCAUAUAUGAAUGUAACGUUGUAACAUUUUGAGGAUCAAAUUAAGGAUGUAUGAAGUUUAUGGCAAGCUAGAUUGGCAGAAAGUCAA